CACGGCCCGGCCCAGCCCAGCCCAGCCGCGGCUGACGGAGGCUGCAGAGGCGGCGGCUAACCUCACUGCUUCUCGGCCAGCCGUCGCUGCAGGCGCCUCUCUCUCCCCGUCUCCUUCCAGCCGCUCAGAUCCGCCUCGAUACCCAAGAUCAACGCCAAGAUGCCCUCUCAGCUAGAACACGCCAUGGAAACAGUCAUGUUUACGUUUCACAGAUUCGCCGGCGACAAGAACUAUCUAACGAAGGAAGACCUUCGGCAGCUGAUGGAGAAGGAAGUCCCGGGAUAUAUGGAAAACCAGAAAGACCCAAUGGCCAUUGAGAGGAUCAUGAAGAACAUCGAGGAGUGCCGGGACGGGAAGAUAACCUUCGAGGGGUACCUCUCUCUGUUUGCCGGCCUGACCAACGGCUGCAACGAAUAUUACGUAAAGAAAAUGAAGCCAGUGGGGAAGAAAUACUGAGAAGGUGGAACGCUGCUUUCCGUUUCCCUGGAGCACUGAUCCCACGCAGUAUGGCGCCAGCAGCCCCAUGAGGUUUGGCCCAAUAACCGCCAGAGAACAUACCUAUCCCUCCAGAGCUAACCCAAGUCUGCUUAAAUGUGCCCCCUUAUGCCUCAAAUGUAACCAGAGGUGGGCACAAGAGAAUCGCAAAUUUUCGUCCCUGCCGCCCCGGUCCUUACACCUUUUCCCUCCAAAAUGUUGGAACCACCAAAUCACCGUUCCUGUAACAGCCAGAAACCAAUGCGUUGGCUUGCCAUUACUGUAUACUGUAUUCUAUGCUUGGGCUAUGAAAUAAAGCAUUUUGGAAUGGAGGGCUUUUUAAAAAACAAACAAA